AUGCGACAACUAGAAGAAGCUCGAUUAGAACAAGAGAUGAAGCGUCAAGCUGAGCGUGAAGCGGCUCGUAAAGAAGCUGAACGCCAACGGCAGAUUGAGGCUGAGAAAAUGCGGUUGAAGGAGAUGCAGACCCAGAAACAGCGUGAAGCAGAGUUGACAGCGCAGCGUCAGCAACGCCAGAAAACGUUGACGUUCCAACUCCAGGCGCUCAGUGAGAAGGCGGUGGACACGGAAGCGAACGUAACAAAGGCUCGAGAACGUAUUGCUGAGAUUACCCACGAAAUUGAAGGUAUGAGGGAUCAGCGUGACGAGAAAAUGCGUCGCAUUGCAGAAUUGCAGGCGAACAAUCAGCAGAAAACCGAAGAUUACGAAACGGCACGAGCGGAGUUGGUCAAGGCCCGCGAUGAUUACCGAAGAGUAUUGCAUACACUGGCGGAUUUGCAAACUCAGGCUCGCACGAAGUUAUCCGAACGCGACGCGGAGAAUGCAAGGCUUGCGGCCGAGGCUAAGGCGAAGGAGGAAGCCGAACGGGAACAGGAGUGUAGGCGUCGUGCAGCCGAAGAAGCCGCGAAUACUGUUCAAGCGUUGGCAUUCGGGGAAGUGUUUCCAGGCCAGGCUACCAAUACAACAGCAGCUACGACGAAUGGUUCUGCAGCCAAUAAAGAUGCAGCACCGGUUGUGAAACAAGAUAGCGUUUCAUCUACUGGUAACUCAUUACCACUUGCUAGCGCCGGAGGCACAACGAAAUAUCGAGCCUUGUUCGAAUUCAACGCCAGGAGCGAGGAUGAGCUAAGCUUCCAGCCGGGUGACGUUAUUCUGGUUUUUGAGUCACACGCUGCCGAACCAGGCUGGAAAGCUGGACAGAUUCGAGAGAAGGUCGGAUGGUUCCCUGAAGCGUUUGCUGAACCUAUUGCUCACGUCUCGUCUGCAGUAGGGCAGCCGAUUCAAAAUAUGCCACCAAACGUUACUCCGUCUCCGUCAUUAGACCGAAUACCAGAAGAGUCCGUGGUCAAGUCGGUUAUGGCACUAGCAGAAGCGAAACCAGUGGAGGCGGCUCCUGUCACAGUUAUAUGCUCCUGUGUAGCGCAAUUCCCAUGGAAAGCACGCAACGAAGGGGAUCUGUCCUUUGCAAAAGGCGAUCAAAUCGAGAUUAUCGAGCAGCAGGAAAUGAAAUGGCGAGGUCGUAAAGCUGACGGGUCUGUGGGUUGGUUCCCGAAGAGUUAUGUGAAAGUAGUUAGUCAGGGAGCUGCAAACUCGCAACCAUCAUCCGCUACGCAGUCGGUCGAUAAGUCAACACCGGUUGCCAGCUCACCAACGACUGGCCCUGUGACACCAACUGGAAAGACCACAAGCGGUGGAAGUGGAAACGCUUCUAGACAGGUUCAUUUUNUCAUCUCAACAGGAACACCAACCGAGUCACCUGCAACAGCCCCUACUUGGUAUGUGGCCAUGUUCGAUUUCGAUGCUGUUGAACCAACCGAUUUGUCGCUAAAAGUUGGGGAUCGAAUUAUGGUUCUUGAGCGAAACGACGAUUGGUGGAGAGGGCGAUGUAAUGGCCGUGAAGGAAUCUUUCCUGCCAACUAUGUGCAAAAAUGUGAAACACCGGUAGGAGCCUCGAUACCAAUACUUUGUCGAGCUCGCGCUGUCGCCGAUUUUGAAGCAACAGCAGCAAAUCAAUUGAGCCUACGAAUUGGUGACAUUGUCUCUGUCCGUGAAAAGAGCAACACUGGUUGGUGGGAAGGUGAAUUGCAACGUGACGGUCGAGCCAGCGCUGGAUGGUUUCCUGGUGAUUAUGUCGCUCCUAUUGUGAGUUCGAAAAUUUCCGAUGCAGGCAAUCAGAACACAGCCACCGCGCUAUUCGAUUACGUAGCUGGUCAAUCGGACGAGUUGUCGUUUCGUGCUGGUGAUGUGAUUGUGAUUGUGGAAAAGAAAGACGCUGAUUGGUGGGCGGGGCAUAAAAUUGACACGCCAAACGUUCGUGGCCUAUUCCCAGCAAAUUAUGUGCAAUUGAGCAAAGCUCAUAUUUAUCUCUACGACAGCUCGUUGUACUAUCCUACUAAUCUUUCUCAACUCAUUGACAGGAACAACCUUGGCAACGGCACUCUCAGGUCUUCCAUGCCGUCAACUGCAACAACAUCUCAAUCGCUUUAUGAAAUUCCACCUGGUUCGGGUCAGGUGGCUGCGUAUCCUCGCCCAGAUAUGCAAUUCGGAUGGUCAGAGGAUGAAUCCUGCUACGACAUGCCUCCAGGACCAUCAAAUAGUCAUCUGUAUGAUGUACCGCCUGAGUUGGAAGAAAAUACUGCCCAAUUUGAUAAACUUACGGAGGAACUUCUAUCGACUGAGGAGCGAUAUCUUGGUGAUUUAUUAUUAGCCAAAAAACUAUUCUAUGACACGCUUAUUACUUUGCCUUAUCGACAUGAAGUGGACACUAUAUUUCUGCAUUGGGAUCAGCUGAUCGAAGUUUCACGGAGAAUCUACCUGGGACUGAAAAAUCGCACCUCUCCUGGUCACGUAUUUAUUUCGGAAAUCGACUCAUUAUCGGUGUUCGUGGCAUUCUGUAGUCAUCAGCAAGCAGCACUGGAUGCAUUAAAUCAAUUACUGACUCAUCCAGACGCCAAGAAACUCUAUGCCAAAUGUACGGCGAGCAUUGCCGCUCGAGGCAUGAGUCUGACCACGUUUCUUCUGAUGCCUCUUGGUCGUAUCACGAGGUAUCCACUGCUUAUCGAAAAAAUCCUCAAAGAAAGCGAUCCUCGGGGUGACUUAUAUCAGGACUUAGACACCGCUCUUCAACUUCUUCGUGCUUGUGUCUCUGAAGUGAAUCAUGCUGUAACCGAAGAAGAGAAUGUAUUCCUUCUACGUUGGGCACAAUCCCAUGUGAAAUGUCCUCCAUCAUUGGGACUCGACUUCACCUCUGAUACACGCCUUUUGGGUCCACGAUCAUUUCUUCACUCUGGUGUGCUAUACAAGCAACGUAGUGGACGUCUUUUAGUAGCGAUUCUAUUCAACGAUUUCCUUCUGUUGACUACAUCGGACGAUCACAUAUCGCAGGUA